AUGACUGAUUGGUCUCAAAAGCUUGAUGACGCACUAUUGGUAUAUUGCACUGUGUACAAAACUCCAAUCGUUAUGUCUCCGUAUCAACUAGGUUUUGGAAAAUCUUGCCAUUUACCAGUUGAAUUGGAACACAAGGCAAUGUGGGCACUAAAAGCUCUGGAUCUGGACUGGACAAAAACCUCAAAAGAGAGAGUAGAACAAUUAAACGAGUUAGACGAAUUCAGGUUCAAUGUUUACGAAAGCUCAGCUCUCUACAAGGAAAAUAUGAAGAAGUGGUAUGAUGCUAAAAUACUUAAGCGAGAGUUCAAGGUGGGAGAUUGGGUGUUGCUAUACAACUCCCGACUUAAACUUUUUCCUGGAAAACUCAAGUCUAAAUGGUCCGGACCAUUUAGAGUGACACGAGUAUUUACAAAUGGUGCCAUAGAAGUUGAGGGUCAAGAAGAACUUGCAUUUAAGGAGCAGGAUCAUGAGUUAGACAAAGGUGCUCUUGGCGAGUCGCCGAACCAGUUCGGCGAGCAUAAUUUGGUUCGCCUUAUGGAUCUCAAUAAUGAGGCUGAGACUUUGGAUCAUUUGGCGGGACACCUUCACCAGUUGGCGUAUCACUGA